AUGGAUCUCAGUGCACGAUUGCCAGCAGAGACACUUCUCGGCAUAUUCCGCACCGUACAAGAUAUUUUCCCCAUUCCAUCUGCAAUCGAUAUCAGCUCGAGCUUUGGCGGACAUCAUACCUGGGUCACUCAAGCGGAGAGAACAUUGUUCUUGCUCGCCUGGAUUUCUCUUACGCACGUCUGCGCUCGUUGGCGAAAUUCGGCUCUUCGCGACGCCGGUCUUUGGACUGACGUCCCUGUCGUGCUCGGCGUCAAGUGGAUGCGAGAGUUCUUGAACCGUAGCGGAGACAUGGGCAUUUCCAUUGAUUGGAAAGCAUGGCGAACUCAGAAGCUCCCCGGCCUGGUGCCAUUCAAUGUGAUGGAAACUCUCAUCUUUCCUCAUCACUACAAGAGACUUCGCAACUUCGAAGCACAGCUCGUGGCUGACGGAUCAUUAUUCCCCAUGCUGUCCGGCCCAUGGCCGGCUUUGGAGAAUCUUUCAGUCGAGCUUACAGGCGACUUCCCUCAGUAUGUGCUGCUUGGCGAUGAUGCCCCUUGCCUCCGACACCUCUCCUUCCAUCUCGCAUCAGACACCGCUGGCUGUAAAACCUUUCCUUGGCGCGCACCUUUCCUCCGCACCCUUGUGGUCCUCGACAUAUACUUCUAUGAGGGCAUCACCGCUGCGUCUAUGAACGAGUUUCUGGAUGCACUGGAUGCGAUGCCUAAUCUAGUGCACUUGCGCUUGGGCAAUGGCAUCUCUUCCACUCAAGAUUCAGGGCACUCGUGUCCUUCCUGCUCUCCGCCCGCGCUGGUGACAAGCACCAAGCUACGCACAUUAGCCUUUAGAGGGUCCUGGUCUAUGAUACGCCACCUUAUGGAACACAUCCGCCCGCUGCCUUCAAGUAGACUCUCUGUCGUUGUACAGAACGAAGACGACUUUACGCCGGCCGAUCUUCGUUCCAUAUAUGCCCGAUUAGCUGCAUACAGCAAACGGGAUCCUGUGCUUUAUCAUGGGUUCGGAGCGGUCGAAGUAAAACGAAACAUCGCAACCAUCCGUGCAUUCCGAUCGUCCGAUACCUUGACAUCCACGUCCUGGAUGCAUCGUAUCCCACCGGGCUGGCAUGAGGGUAUCGUGGGAACUCUCCCCGAUCUUGACAUUCAGCUACCAUGGAGGGAUUCUUCAGCAUCAACCUUGUUGAGCUUGAUGAAAGAUCUCACUCCGACUGGAUUACGUUUGCUGUCUCUCGGUAUCCCCGCCGCUGAUGUCAGCCUCGUUCUGCACAAAAACAUUGUCACCACCGUGCUCCGAGAUGUCCACAUCCUGCAGUUGACCGGCAUUCGCAGUGCCAGCCAUUUUCUCACUGUGGAUGCCGAUGCAGAGGUUCCAACAUUCUUCCCCGCGCUUCGACUGGUGGAAAUCCCGGACAUCACCUUGUGGGAGCUGCUCGGACUUUCUGACUCGCGCACCGUGCAGCCUCUGGCAGACACCCUUGAUGCGCGUCGCGAAGCGGGUUUCGCACUACCAGCCGUCUAUCUUCGCAUUAAGGACGCAGUCCGCUGGCUUCGCGAAACCACAUCUCUCCGCACGCCUGGGACCGCGGAGGGAAUCCUACAAGAGGUAGAGAGGCUGGAGGCGAUGUCAGGAGUCCAUUUGAUAGGUGAAGAAGAGGAGAUCAUGUACGACCUGGCACUUUGA